AUGUCGAACCUGCACGAGCUGUUAACAUUAGAAUCGGGUCCGAUUAAUGAGACGUACGUUGAGAAAUUGAAAGCGCUCCUCCAGAGCGGAAUUCCAGCGACUUACACGCUCGAGCAAGCCGCUGCUCAUGAAGCUGGAAAGGACGAUGUUGAAGACGUUGCUUCCAAUACCACACCGCUACAUAUACUAGUGCGAUCUUUGCCUAAUAGUCUGAAUGCGGAGGAGGGUCAAAUAGUGCUAAAGAUGGUGGACAUUUUGUUCGAAUACGGUGCAGGAUGGAAUUUCCUGGAUUAUGAGAAUAAGAGCCCUGGGGAUUUACUGUGCGAACGUGGCUUUUCCAAUGGUAAUGUGCUUUACGAAAGGGUGGUCGAAGCCGGAGUCUCAGCCGAACUUCUUUUACGCAAGUUGAACGACGACAUUGAAUUUAUAGAGGAUGAAGAGCUGGAAUCGGAAGUUGUAGAAGGAGAGAGCACAGACCCUGUGGAAGUUCCACAAACGAACCAGCAGGAGGAAGUUGUGGGAGACACAGCUGAAACCCAAGACGUCUAUCUGAAGGCAGACUUAGAAUACACUUCUAAUGCACUUGUUACCAAAGAAAACAAAGACGGUGUCAUGAUGGACUGGGAGACUGAUAUUAUGCGCUUGGCGUGCAGCACUAUGUUCAAAAAUGCCGGCAUCGAUGCCGUGGUGCUUAAUAUUGGGUUUGGAAUGGGAAUCAUCGACACUUUUAUUCAGGAGCGUAAGCCUACAAAGCACUACAUUUGCGAAGCACACCCGGACGUUUUGAAGCACAUGCGAGAGGAAGGUUGGUACGAAAAGCCCAACGUUGUUGUUUUGGAGGGACGCUGGCAAGACACUCUUUCCGCAAUUUUGGACGAGGGUAAUGUGUUUUUCGACGCCAUAUACUACGACACUUUCAGCGAGCACUACAGUGACAUGCUAGAUCUGUACGACACGGUUGUCGGUCUGAUCAAGCCUGACGGUGUGUUUUCAUUUUUCAACGGUUUGGGCGCUGACAGACAGGUGUGUUACGAUGUUUACAAGCGCGUGGUCGAGGUGGACGUGCAGAACUACGGUAUGAACUGCGAAUAUACCACGAUAAAUUUGCCCGAGAACCCAAAUUGGGAGGAAGUUCGCAGAUCCUACUUCUCAUGCGAUCGGUAUUACCAUCCAGAGAUUCGGUUUAUGUGA